GCUGGGCGGGUCUGCGCAACUGCGGAGUAGCUGGCAGCCCGGGGUGGGGACACCUCGGACCCGCGCUCUUUCGCGCUGGGCCCGAGGCAGCUGGAGCCGCCGAGUUGGUCUGGUCCCUGCGCCCCGCACCGCAGCGGGUGAGACCGGCUCCGCUGCGCCGGCCUCGGGCCACCAGCCGUCCUCCCCAGGGCCGCCGCCACCAUGCUGCUGCCCGUGUUCACCCUGAAACUGCGCCACAAAAUCAGCCCCCGCAUGGUGGCCAUAGGGCGCUACGACGGGACGCACCCGUGCCUGGCGGCUGCCACCCAAGCGGGCAAGGUUUUUAUUCACAAUCCUCAUACACGGAGCCAGCAUAUCAGCGCGCCCAGAGUCUACCAGAGCCCCCUGGAGUCUGAUGUUUCUCUUCUCAACAUCAACCAGGCUGUCAGCUGCCUGACUGCAGGAGUACUGAACCCUGCACUUGGCUGUGAUGCUCUUUUAGUGGGGACACAGACGAAUCUUUUGGCUUAUGAUGUCUACAAUAAUUCAGAUUUUUUCUACAGAGAGGUGGCAGAUGGGGCCAAUGCAAUUGUGUUGGGGACACUGGGGGACAUUUCCUCUCCUCUUGCGAUUAUUGGUGGAAAUUGUGCUCUGCAGGGUUUCGAUCAUGAAGGAAAGGACCUUUUUUGGACGGUCACUGGAGAUAACGUUCAUUCCUUGGCCUUGUGUGACUUCGAUGGUGAUGGGAAAAAAGAGCUUCUUGUUGGAUCUGAGGACUUCGAUAUUCGAGUUUUUAAAGAAGAUGAGAUUGUGGCAGAAAUGACAGAAACAGAGAUAAUCACGUCUCUCUGCCCACUGUAUGGCAGUCGGUUUGGUUAUGCCCUUGCCAACGGCACAGUUGGAGUUUACGACAAAACAGCCCGAUACUGGAGAAUUAAAUCCAAGAAUUAUGCCAUGAGCAUUCAUGCUUUUGACCUUAAUUCUGAUGGAGUGUGCGAACUGAUAACUGGUUGGUCCAAUGGGAAGGUUGAUGCUCGAAGUGACCGAACUGGGGAGGUCAUCUUUAAAGACAACUUUUCUUCUGCAAUCGCUGGUGUGGUAGAGGGAGAUUACCGGAUGGAUGGCCACGUCCAGUUAAUCUGCUGUUCAGUGGAUGGGGAAAUCCGGGGCUACCUGCCAGGCUCGGCUGAGAUGAGAGGGAACCUCAUGGACACCAGCGUAGAGCAGGAGCUUAUCCGAGAGCUGAGUCAGAAAAAACAGAAUCUGUUGCUGGAACUCCAUAACUACGAGGAAAAUGCCAAGGCCGAGUGGAGCAGCCCACUGAGUGAGGCCGAUGGGCAGUGGGGCACAAUCCCAGCCAACACCAAGCUCCACACCGCCCUCUCAGUCAACCUGGGGAGCGAGACUCGGGCUGCUCACACAGAAUUGUGCAUUUCCACUUCGAACGACACCAUCAUCCGAGCGGUAAUGAUUUUCGCAGAGGGCAUUUUUCUAGGCGAGAGCCACGUGGUGCACCCCAGCAUCCACAGCCUUUCCAGCUCCAUCUGCAUCCCUAUCACACCUCCCAGAGAUGUCCCUGUGGAUCUGCACUUGAAGACCUUCGUGGGUUACAGGAGCAGCACCCAGUUUCACGUGUUUGAACUGACCAGACAGCUCCCAAGAUUCUCCAUGUAUGCGCUGACCAGCCUGGACUCCGCCAGCCAGCCGCUUGGUUACGUCAACUUUACCAUUGCUGAACGGGCCCAGAGAGUUUUUGUAUGGCUCAACCAGAACUUUCUGCUCCCAGAAGACACCGACAUUCAGAAUGCUCCAUUUCAAGUGUGUUUCACAUCCUUACGGAACGGUAGCCAGCUGUAUAUAAAAGUAAUGCUGAGUGGAGAGAUCACUGUGAAGACUGAUGACAUUGAUCUGGCUGGUGACAUCAUCCAGUCAAUUGCAUCAUUUUUUGCUAUUGAAGACCUUCAGGUGGAAGCAGAUUUCCCUGUCUACUUUGAGGAGUUACGAAAAGUGCUAGUUAAGGUGGAUGAAUAUCACUCAGUGCAUCAGAAGCUCAGUGCUGACAUGGCUGACAAUUCCAACCUGAUCCGAAGUUUGCUGGUCCGAGCUGAGGAUGCUCGUCUGAUGAGGGACAUGAAAACAAUGAAGAAUCGCUAUAUGGAGCUCUAUGAUCUUAAUAAAGACUUGCUAAGUGGAUAUAAGAUUCGCUGUAACAAUCACACAGAGCUGCUGGGAAACCUCAAAGCAGUAAAUCAAGCAAUUCAAAGAGCAGGCCGUCUGCGUGUUGGAAAACCAAAGAACCAGGUGAUCACUGCUUGUCGGGAUGCGAUUCGAAGCAACAACAUCAACACUCUGUUCAGAAUCAUGCGGGUGGGGACAACUUCUUCAUAGGAGAGAGAAUAGGUAGUGAAGUUCCUAGAAAGUGUUCUUUCCUAAAAAUCUAGGUUGGUUUGCUUUGGAUCGAAUCCUGGUGAACUGAGGGUGCUGAGAAUGAAAACAACCUUGGUGAAUUGUACAAAUGAAAGACAAAGCAUUGCAUCUGAAAAGUGUAUUCACUUUCUGUUUUUAAGAUCCAGUAGUUCUGUUGCCAAAUAAUAGUAGGUUUGUAUGGAAGGAGGUGAAUACUUUUGAAACAUUAGGGCUCCGAAGUCCAAUUAUUUCUGCAUAUAUGUAAAGCUGAUGUAUAGAUACAUCUAUUUUCUUGUAAUUGAACUUGUAAUUUUAAAAUAGAUUACCUACCUUUACACAUUAAAAUUUGUGUUGACUGAUUUUAAAAUCACCACAUCA